AUGGGAGCAUACAAGUAUAUUCAAGAAAUAUGGAAGAAGAAGCAGUCGGAUGCCAUGCAUUUCUUGCUCCGAGUUAGAACAUGGGAGUACAGGCAACUACCAGUAGUACACCGAGUAUCGAAACCGAGCAGGCCCGACAAGGCUAGGAGAUUAGGCUAUAAGGCACUGCAAGGAUUCGUGAUAUACAGAGUGCGAGUCAGAAGAGGAGACAGGAAAAAGAGAGUGAGAAAAGGUGUUGUGCACGGAAAACCAAAACAUCAAGGUGUACAUAAACAAAAGUCGACAAGAAAUUUAAAAAGUGUUGCAGAGGGAAAAGUAGGAAAAAGUAUCUGUGGAAAUUUAAGGGUUCUAAAUAGCUACUGGGUUGGACAGGAUGCUGUGUACAAAUAUUACGAGGUCAUCCUGGUCGAUCCUAUGCACAAUGCUGUUCGAAACAAUCCAAAAAUAAAUUGGAUUUGUAACCCUGUACAUAAGCAUAGAGAAUUGAGAGGAUUAACAUCUGCCGGUAAGAAAUACAGAGGACUCCGUGUCAAGGGACACUUAUCAGCCAAGAGCAGACCAUCCAUCAGGGCUAACUGGAAGAGAAGGCAAUUAAUUAAGUUGCGAAAAUGUAGAUGA